UCGACGUCCACUCAUUCUUUAUCGCCAUCACAUCGUUCCCGGAUCCAACUUACUACACUCCCUCAUCCAUGCUGAACCCCAGCUCCGUUGACUUUGCCACCCACACUCGGAGAGUAUUAUUUGCGCACUAGCUGCGUCUGCAUCGUCGACAAACCUGAUGGAGACUGUCGUCCGACGGUUCACGAUAUCCAGGAUCGAUCAACGCUACCGCCAUUCGGCCGAAGACGUUUCCCACCAAGGAGAGAGCGCAGAGGUACGACAGAAAGAGGCUGCAGAGAAAGAGGAGGGACUCAGGAAGAAGGACGCGGCCGCAUCAGCAUCAUCGAGUCGCAAGAGGACGGAGAAGCCCAUCAUGGGGAGGUCACAUAGGAUGUUCCAUCGCCGGCAGGAGCCCCAACCCGCGGUUCUGACGGCCAUUGUCCGUGUCGUUGCUACAGUGGACGCCAACAACAAUGUCAUAGGAGUGGAGACAUUGGCUCCCGCCUUUCCUUCUGUCCCCGCGAUGCCUACAGAUCCCAUUCCAAGCGUUCCAGCCGUACCUGCGUUUCCGAGCGACUUGACCGUUCCAGCGUAUCCUUUUCCGGUCGCAGAACAGACCGGGGUGCCUAUAUCAACAUCGCUACUCGCCAUUACUACUCCAACACCUGAGCCAACAUCGCUCCCAGAACCUACAAGCCUUGGCUUUAAUUCGACUAUAUCAAGCACAAUUUCGAGCACAGCAUCAUCGGUUAGCCUAAGCACCACUUCAACCACUACAACGUCUUCAUCGUCACAAUCGUCGUCGUCUUCGUCGUCUUCAGCCAGCUCGUCUUCAUCCUCUUCCUCGUCGUCCAUUUCCUCGUCUUCAUCGACUUCGACAUCCUCGUUCUCGUCAACUGCUUCCAAGGUGGCAUCAACGUCCCUAGCUGGAGGUGCUGGUGGUCCUGUGCCGACUGCUCCGGCUCCCACAGAAACAGCUGCUGCUGGCACUGCGGCAUCCGGCGGCAAUAGCUCCCCAGCCACUCCUACAGUCGUCGGCAGCGUAGUCGGCAGCAUUGCGGGAUUUGCGCUCCUUUUAGCCCUGCUACUUUUCCUUAUCAGAAGGCAUAAGCGCAAGUUGCGUGGUGGUGCCCUCCAGCUAGACGACAAUGAUCCCAGCGAGAGGCAACUCCCUGCCUCAUCAGGACAGCAGAUGGCCACUCGUAGCAGCAUCGUUCCGGCGGCGUUCAUGAACCGAUUCUCCAGCACUUCCAAGUCCACGAUGGACACUACCGCUACCGGCGAGAAGGGCUUCCAACGAAUCUCUGGCCGCAAGCUCCCUUCCGCCUUCAGUGAAGGUAUGACCUCUGAGCAAUUCGCUCGCGGAGAGGGUACUUUAUCCGGAUCCUCGUUCUACACGGACGACCAAGGUUUCUACGGUGGAGCCGGGGCUGCCAUGAACAAGGAAUUCGGAAAAGAGAUUGGUGGAUCGGGUGCGAUGGGCACUUCAGAACGGAUCAUGCCUUCGCCUGCCCGGACACCUGUGCUGCACCACGCCGGCGAUGCUCCCCAAUGGGGUACCAGUCGCAAUGGUGGUAGUACAACCCUAAGCCCUCCCGCCAGCCCCAACCCCGCCAUGAUACCACGAGGCACUUUGGGGCGGAGUCAUCCCUCGCAUGAUGGCUCACGAGGCUCUCGCUUCACCGAAGACGUGUAAUGACCUUUCCAUUAUCUUCCAUUGUACUUCUUACAGUCGCUCCCGCACAUCCCUUUACGAGUCCGCUACGACCGGCGUGCAUAGAUGGCAUUUGUUGAUUUCAGUGUCCAUUCUUCCUUGACUAGCGACUCCGGCCGUUCUAGUCCCAAUUGUAUACCUCUCGGGUUGGAC